UGUACAAUCAGCUGACUUCCGGUACUAAACGAGACGGUAGAGAUGUAAGGUGUCUCCGCGGCAGUCCCAUUGACGCGAAGGAUAGUGUGUUUUUUUUUUACACGCGAGAGGAACGAGACACCGUCCGUCUCUUCCUCGCGAGCCGAAGUGUCGUCGCGCUUCCUCGCGGCCUAGUUCCGGCCGGAACGCGAUGUCAGUCCCCGCCUAACCGCGCAUCGCGGAGUCACCCACCCAGACACGAAGUUUCGUGCAGCGAAAUUACCUACCAGCUCUUUCACCCGAUUUUUAGCGGAUAAUUACGUAUCGCGCUCAAUGUCGGAUGCAGUGUAACGCGUUCACCGCCGGUAUCGUCGAGGAUAACAUGAAUUCAGAGGAGAACGGCGCGAGUGGUCAGGGCAGGGCGGAGGUCAGGAUGGACGGUAUGAAGAGUGACAAUCAGUCCGGCGACCAGGUCACCGUGACGUCGAAAGUGGCGCAGCUGGAGGGCAGAGCUGCCGGUGAACAGCUCAGAUUGAACAGCAACAGCAGUGAGAACAGUUCGGUCAGGCUGAUACCAUCCAAGAUCAACGUCGUGUUCCCCAACAGAACCAAGUCCGGCCAGACUGCCGCGUCUGAUUGUGCCAAUUCUCUGGAACAGAAUGCUUCUCAGGACGCGUCGAAUGCGAACGUGUCUUCCGUGUUUAUGAGUAGCAGCAAUAUCAAGCCUCAGACUGCGAACACCAAUGCCGUGUCAAUUGAAGCAAUGUGUCAAUUGAUGCAUAAGACUGUCGCGAAUACAAGCGCACUGAAUCUGCCUAAAUCCCAGAUGCACUUGAAUCUAUCUUCCGCUCAGGCGAAUGUGCACCAUAAUCAUAACUCGACGUCGGUCUCCCUCAACUCCGGCGUGGUCAGCAACAAUGCCACGUCGCACUGCGGCGUGUCCACGUCAAGCUCGUCAUUAACGCCUGCUAAUUUAUCGAUGAUCAAACCAAAUGACGAUAUAGAUAUGAAAAAUAACGUGGACUAUGCGUCAGCGAUAGAGAAAUGUCCCUCUAAGGUUUCUUGCAGUUCGGAUUCUAGUCCAGAAGCCGAUUGUUCCUGGACAUCGAAGUCCUACGGAUCUAAACGUGUACUGAAUAACAUAGGCGGUAGUAUAGGUUCAACGAGUCAAGGUACUUGUUGCGUCUUGAGACCUAAUAUCAACGGGAGUAGGGAAGCGGCUGGUCCCAGCGGGUUACAGAGGGUUUCACAGAGGGAACAAGUUGAGCGAAUGGACUCUAGUUCUGGGAACGAAGGCGACAUGUCCGACGGGGAGGAUUAUUGCAUCUAUACUUACAAGGGGAACGACGAUGCGAUUCAUCUGGAUCAGAAAGAGGAAUUGAAUCAAGGCCACGUGGAGGAUCGCGGAGCAGCGGGGCAAUAUCACAGUGGUAGAUCGAGUCCAGAGAUGGACUUUCUGGAAAUGGACUUCGAUCCUGGGCCUUCUUGCGAGCAGGAUACCGGAGACAGUGACUUGGCCUCUAUAAACGAAGAUAUACAGAACAUAGCGUUAGACCACGUGGAGCCGGAUCCGAUUCUGAAUGAUCUGAGCAGCGGAAAGGUGGUGUCCAGGCAGACGAUGGCCGCUGUGCCGCAGAACUCGAGACAGAGCGCGCAGAACGUCAAUCACACGGCCUUCCAACAGUGCGCCAGUAAUCAACCCGCGAUAGAGCAGAGCGCAAAGUCGACCUAUUCCGCUCCGUGGAUGCCUAGCACCAGCUCUGGAAGAUGGGAAAGCACGUCGCUCUAUCGCAACACAGGUUGUCCGCUGCGUGGAUUUUACGGUUAUCACAACACAAGCGGCGAUCUUAUCUCGCCCGGCGACAAUCGUGACUCGGAUUCGGAAUUGUGGGCCGAGCCGUCGACAGCGGCCGCCUCGGACAAUUCGAAUCUGAACGCCAGAAAGAUCAAUCUCACCUCGACACUUUACCAUCGGAUGAUGGCUAAGAAAUUGAUGCUCAAUAAGCAGACUGCGUUCAACCAGAGCGGCGAUUCGAAUCUGGAGAGCGAGUUGUGCAACGAACGGAUGGACGGACUACCGCCGGUGGAAAAAGUGAUGCUUUGGAGUGAGCAGGAAGCCACGAUGAAACAAGUGACGCAAAUCGGCACUUCCGCCUGCGGCGCCACAUCUGCGUUUAACGCCUUGUUGGCUUUGAACGUAUCAUUUUCCCUGGAAGUAUUAGUGAAAGGUGUAAAUACGAGAUUGAGGGAACUGGGGGUCUCAUUGCCGAGAUAUCUUAUGAGUCGGUCGGUCGCGGGGGCAACUCACAAGGACAUAGCGCGAGGGAUAUCUCUGUCAACAAACGGCGCGGCAGUAACGAAGUUCUUCGCAUUUUAUCCGGAACGAAAGGUGUCAUUGUCUCAUUGGCUGCAUUAUUGGAUCUCCAAAGGUGCCGCGCCAAUCGCAACAUUGAAUCUGCAGCAUUGCGGCGAAGGCUGCGAUAUACCGGACGCGUGGCACCAUCAGAUGAUAUUCGGCGUAGGACAGGCUGGCAUAUACUUAACGAACCCCUUAGAAUGCUUGCCCGAAGAGCUCUUGUGGCAUCAACUAGUUAGCCCCAGUAUCCUGUUAAUAAGAAGGACGGACGUUCUAGCGCACUGGAACGCGAAUACGGAUCUGACGCCGCUCGCAACGAUGGAUCAGAAAUGGCGGAAGCUUAAUGUUCUUGGACAAGUUGUAAAUAUGGUGCGCGGAGCAAUGAGCCAGAGGCAGCAACCCAACAGUACUACCACGGGAGCCACUCACAUUCGCAUACCGGCGUCUUACCAAGCGGGCAUUACGUUGGUCAUGUGCGCGGAUUCCGCCGCCGCCACCGAGUUGUUACACGCCGAACAACUACCGCUACUCUAG